AUGUUUCUUGCCGGCUACAACAUGCUCACAACGAAUGAUACGUCAGACCAGCCCGGCACUCCACGCACCUCUCGUAAGACUGUCAGGACUCCAGCCUCUACCACAACAGACACAUUUGCCAUCAACGUCUACAAAGAUGCAUCUGUAGCUCCUGAGAAUACGCCCUGUACUGUACCCGGUGUACAAGAGAUAGCGCGCGUACUCGAUGAACGCAGGGGAACUUUCGAAUAUACAUCACGUGCUGAGCCACAAGGAGGACCCCGAACCCACGCACCGCCACCAAACGAGACGCUACAACCUGUGGAACACGCCUCGUUGUAUGGAUUGUACAUGCCAUAUGACAUCAAUGAUUGUUAUCUCGUUGCCAUGCCUCGCAAUGGCGGGCAAACUUUGGUUUCUCCACUCGUAGCGAAUCACAGCGGACAAGACGUCGAAUAUGGACUUCUGUUACCAAGGCUGCACCAACAGGCGCAAUCUACAUCUUCGGCCAAUUUGGGCAGCUGCAAUUCUUGCGGUCUGGCUUUCACAAGCUGGGAACAUCUGCGGUCGCAUUUCCAGACUUCAGAUUGUAGCAUUUUAGCUUCACGCCCACCGCCAGGGGAAUCUGCCGACCCACCACAGUCUGUCAACAGACAAAUUGUACCAGAUGAGAGGUCGACCGUGAACACAUACAUCCCCGAGCCACAACGCAGUAUGCAAUCAAACGCGCACGUCCUUGCCUCGCGCCCCAAAGAAAAAUGGUCAACUAUCCCUGCCCCUCAACAAAUCGCAGCACUGGAUGCCCUCAUCUCACAUUGCCACACCUACGCCACUCUAUCCCAUAACAAAUACACAUCAGGACCGGGUUACGCCAACACCCCAGGAGCCCAGGUCCCGCUAUCCCUCAUCCCGCUGCCGAGUCCCGCGCACAACCCCCAAGCACCGAGACGCGGCGCGGUAGCACUGGACUGUGAGAUGGUGGGAGUAGGCGUGGGCGUGGGCAAAAGCCUAUGCGAAGUAGCACGUAUUUCAGCGAUUGACUGUCUGAGCGGGGAAAUUCUCAUCGACACGCUGGUGCAGCCAACGCAGCCAGUGACAGAUUGGCGUACAAAGUACAGCGGUAUCACGAUGAAAGCCAUGGUUGCUGGUGUGGCGGAGAACCGCGUGCUGAAGGGCUGGCCGGAAGCGCGCGCCGAGCUGUGGAAGUACGUUGAUUCGCACACUGUUCUUGUCGGUCAGGCACUGAAUCACGAUCUCGAGGCGCUGCGGAUGCAGCACUGGCGUGUUGUGGACGCGGGUAUCCUGGCAAAAGACGCCGUGGGCGCGGGUGUUCCGCGGCGAUGGGGGCUGAAAACGCUGUGUACAGAGUUCCUGGGCAUCGAUAUCCAGAAUCAUGGGAAUCGGGGACAUGAUUCGGUGGAAGAUGCUUUUGCGGCGCGGGAAGUUGUGCUAUGGUGCAUUGCGCACGGGGAUGAAUUGGCGCGAUGGGGACGCAGGCAGAGAGAAGAAUGUAUUGGGAAGAUGCGGAUGCUUGAGGCUAAGAGGAGGAGCUCGGCGCCUGCGCCAGCGCCUGCCAGAGUCACAUAUUCCUCUGAAAGAUGGAGAUGGGAGUGGCCAUCCGGACACUAG